AGAUUCUGUGGCAGAAACAUAAAGAAGAGAGUUAACGCUUACGUUUACUAUAGGACGAGAACAAGAUCACUGCCAGACCUGGAGCGGCGCAGCCGCGAGCGGGGCAGAUGGGCGCGUGGAACGCGUCCUGCCCCGGCAAGCCGGCGGCCACCGUGUGCAUGGCGGACCCGGCCGAGAUGCUCAAGCCGUGGAAGCUGAACUCGCUGUUCUUCCACAUCGUGGGCUGGCACGCGGCGGCGCUCGUGUGCGGCGUGGCGGGCAACGCGCUCGUGCUGGCGGCGUCGCGGCGCAGCGCCACGUCGCUGUUCCUGGCGUCGCUGGCGGCGGCCGACCUGCUGCUGCUGCUGCUGCACGCGCCGCUCGACCUGCUGCAGUACUUCGUGGCCAGCUGGGACGCCGCCGGCGCCGUCUGCCGCGCUGCCGAGUACGCCGCCUCGCUGUCUGCCGCCGCCUCCGUGCUCAACCUCGCCGCCGUCACCGUCGAAAGGUUCCUGGUGAUCGUGUUCCCGAUGAAGUCCCGCUCCUACUGCACGCUGCACAACUGCCGACGCGCAGUGUUUGCCAUUUGGCUGCUGGCGCCUCUGCUCACCGUACCUGUGCUGCUCACCAAGGGUACUUACGCGAUGCUGUACACCAACAUGAUAGUGAAUGUGACGAUACACCACUGCGCCGACACGGUGGGUGGUCUCAGCCUGGCAGUGUACCAGCUGGUGCUGCUGUUCGGGGCGCCGGGCGUGCUCAUGCUCUUCUGCUACAGCUGCGUCAUUGUCGAGCUCUGGAAGAGCACGCGCAGCAUGCAGGUCCUCACCAACAGCAUCAGCACAAACAGAAUUUCCAGCCGUCAAGAGAACACAUUGACAGCCUCACAAAGCAGCAGACAGACAGUGACUAGAAGACGAAACAGGGCUGACACGGCACGCGCCACAAGGAAGCAGGUUAUCAAAAUGCUGAUUUUGGUAGUAGUACUUUUCCUCCUGUGUUGGGGACCAAGAAUAAUAAUGAACAUGCUAACUAAAAUUGGUCUACAAAGUUUUACUCCAACUGAGUACACAAUGAGGGUUGUGUUCAACAUCCUGCCAGUCAUACAUGCUUGCUUUAAUCCAGUAAUAUACUCUUUCAUGUCUAAAAACUUCCGCCGUUCACUGAAAAGACAGUUUGAGACUCUUGGCUGCAGAAGAAAUUUGUCCAGACAUAGGAGCAGCAGUUUCAGAAGCAGCAGAUUGCAUCAUGGCACAAUCACACAACAGACAAGCAUCAGACCACGAUACACACUGUCCUCAUCAUCGAGCACAUACAAUGCUGAUGUCACCAGACACACUGAAAUGGAAAACACAGAUUCUGUCAACAGUACAGUGGUCUGAUGAGAAUUAUGCUUAAAAAAUCCCUGUAACUGCUAUUAUAAUAAAAUGACAGAACAGUGUGCAUUUUGUUUCUUGUUCUGCGUAUGCUCCAUGGAGUUAUACAGUGUUCUUUACUUCCUGGUGAUUUAUUUCUUGUGCUUAACCUAUUUGUUCUAUGAAAGAGACUAAAAUAAAAACACAAAACUUCCUUUUUCUCUCAAUAUCUUUAUAAAUACAAAAAAGAUGUCACCACAGGAAAUGUAACAAAAUAAGAUUUACAACAACUACUUUAGUGGAACAUUUUAUUUUAUUUUACAUGUUACAUACACAGCAAGAUCCUGUUGAAAGUAUGUUCAAUGAUCAAUAGUAGUUGCUAUAUGUGAGUAUAAAAAAUGUCAUUACUAUGGGCAAUCAUUAUUUCACAACAGUGAAAAGUACUAGAUUUAAACCUGUACUCAUGGUUUCCUACUGUGUGUACCACAUGUGUCAACACAAAUCAGUUUUUACAAAAUAUGUGACAAACCAGUCAUAUGUCUGCAGUAAAGUGUUACAGUUAAGGUUAAAUAAAUACACUGACAUGAUUUUUUAAAAUUACUAGUUGAGGCAUGAACUGCACUCCAUGAAAACAAACUCUCUC